AUGCAGAACAAUGACCACGCUGUAAAUGGGACAGGUUACCAAAACGGACACCAAGUGGGAUGCAAAUGUUACCUGGUCUACAACAGCUAUGAGGACUAUGCUGGAGCUUCCAGAAAGUGUCUGGAACGUGGCGGCCGCAUGGCGAUGCCUCGGGACCGGAAGGAGCAGGAGGCCUUGGCCGACUACGUCAAGUCCUUCUUCCACUCGGGGAACUGGCCCCUUUGGCUCAGAAUCAAUGACCUUCGAUCCGAGGGGAUGUACUUGUUCGACGAUGGGACGCGGGUCUCGUACUUCCAAUGGCGCAAACACUUCCUGUCCAGCCAGCCGGAACAGGAGAACUGUGUGGCAAUGUUGUCUGAUGACAGCGACUGGUACCACUACUGUGACCGGACCAUGAACUAUAUGUGUGAGUUUGAAAACAGAGUGGCACUUUAG